GGAUACACAAGCGUUCGCUGCCCGUCGACUUCAACGCAUCCUCAAGGCCCCGCCGCUCCCUCAAGCCAUGUGAGUGUUUCAGACGGUUUCUAUAUGCCUGGAGUAUGCUUGGACGGCGUUUGGACGAGAAUUCUGCGGUCAGAGAGGGUGGAUGGGUCGAGCGGGCAUCGGAUGAGGACGUUGACCGAGAUGGAGCGAGGGCUGACUCUACUGUUUGCGUAUAGCCGGAACAAGUGCGACAGACGUUCGCACUUCCGACCUCAAACCGCCCUCGCCCAGCAUGAUCAUCUCUAAGCCCCACAGGCGCAUCAUCUACGAGUCUCUUUUCAAGGAGGGUGUCCUUGUCGCCAAGAAGGACUACAACGCUCCCAAGCAUGAAGAGCUCGAUGUGCCUAAUCUCGAAGUUAUUAAGGCGAUGCAGAGCCUCACCUCCAAGGGUCUCGUGAAGACGCAGUUCUCUUGGCAAUGGUACUACUACGUCCUCACGCCCGAGGGCGUUGAGUUCCUCCGUGAAUGGCUCAACCUGCCUAGCGAGAUUGUGCCUGCCACCCACAAGAAGGCAGUUCGUCCUCCGCGCCCCGCACAGGUCCGCGGUCCCGGAGGCGAGGGUGCGUACCGUGCGCCGCGCGGCGACCGGGACGACUACCGGAAGAAGGAGGAUGCGCCUGGCGACUACAGGCCACGGUUCGCAGGUGUCGGCCGUGGUGCCCCGAGAGAGUAGACGAUUUCACGUCAGCGCUGGUCACAUAUUUGGCCGCUGGGAGCGGUGGGUCGGAUCGUUAUGAUGAGUAUAUGGCUGCUGCCUGCCGUCCGCCGCAAAACUAUAGUAUGAGCACACCCAUGCCCCGCUUAUGCUAUUAUUCACGAUGCUUUCCUCUGCACUACACUGGGCCAUGCGUGCUACCCGAACAGAUUGACGACAUCCUUUAUCGCACCAUGGUCCUUCGCGCGAGCUCGGAAGUCUGUGACUUGCCUGGCGGCAGAG